UCUAGGGUUUCAUUGCCUCCAAAAUCUUACUUCCUCUGUAUCAGUGUGAGCAUCAAGAGGGAAGAUGAAGACGAUUUUGUCAUCGGAGACCAUGGACAUCCCGGAAGGUGUGGAGAUCAAAGUGAAGGCCAAGGUGAUUGAAGUGAAAGGCCCAAGGGGCACUCUCACUCGCAAUUUCAAGCAUCUCAAUCUUGAUUUCCAGCUUAUCACCGACGAGGAGACCGGAAAGCAAAAGCUGAAGGUUGAUGCUUGGUUUGGAUCUAGGAAGACUACCGCCGCCAUCCGUACUGCACUCAGUCAUGUUAAUAAUCUUAUCAAUGGCGUGACUCAAGGGUACCGGUACAAGAUGCGUUUUGUGUAUGCUCACUUUCCGAUCAACGCCAGUAUCACUAACGGCAACACCGCUAUCGAGAUCCGUAAUUUUCUUGGGGAAAAGAAGGUGAGGAAGGUCGAUAUGCUUGAUGGUGUGACCGUAGUCAGAUCAGAGAAAGUCAAGGAUGAACUUAUUCUGGAUGGAAAUGAUAUUGAGCUUGUUUCGCGAUCUUGUGCUUUAAUAAACCAGAAAUGUCAUGUGAAGAACAAGGAUAUCCGGAAGUUUCUUGACGGUAUUUACGUGAGUGACAAGGCUAAAAUCCAAGAGGAAAGUUAAGUCUGCUAAGUAUUACAUUAUUUUUUUGGGUUUUGAGAGAAUUGUUCAAUUUUAAGGAUUUUUAUUGAAGUUUUUGAGUUAAGUUUGAUGUUUUGUUGUCAACUAGCCUGUGUUCUUGUUAUACUCGAUGUGUUUAGUUCUGCUGCAAUCUUUUUCUGGCAUAAUGUUUGCACUAGUGUUCUUGGUAGGAAGUAUGCUGCGAUCCAAUUCAAUAUUUGGCAUUUGGCAUACAUACAUCUUAUAUUAUGUAUGAUCCAUUUGACGUUUUGGAACAAGAAAUGAAAGCAAAAGGUAUAAAUGAUUCA